AUGCAGGACAACAAAAUUUACCCUGGCUCGCAUCUGCGGCAGAAUCCCGCUCCACCAUUAUGGUCCCGAGAUCCCGCAACGAACCGUGAAAGCUUUGUCUUCAACGAACCUUUGCCUUAUCGAAACACCUCUUCGGAUUUCUUCUCAAGGUCUCUCAGCAUCGCUCCAGCCGGAAGCACUACUACCUCUCGACUCGAUGAGAACGACGAGCGAGCAAACAAUAUCGAAAAGAGGAUCAUGGACGUCGGAAUGAUCGUCGAGGGGGAGGCAAUCGCCACAAUUCAGUUUGCUCAGAGCGGCGUCUCCUUUAGGUGUUCCAAGAGCGCGUUGACUUCUGAGUCUGGGUUCUUCAGGGCUUGUUUCGCACACGGGCUAAAGGAGUCUCACAACGACUUGGUCACCCUACACGACGAUGACCCCAAGAUCAUGAGACAUCUUCUGCUACUGAUUCUUGGUCUCGAGACCAUGGACAACCUCUCCACAUUUCUCCUCCGAACCCCAAUCGGCGAUAAGUUGUGCGGCGUUGCAACUCAGGGACUAAUGCGACAAUCGCCCCACCAAGUCCUCCGAGCUACUCUGCUGGCUAUAGUGGUCUGUGCUGACAAGUACUGCUAUGCUAUGGUGCGACAUAAUGGGCUCAAAGAGUUGGCCAACAACAGCAAAGGAGUCUCCUCGGUCGACGACGUUGUGAAGUUCUACUUCAACGUCAUCGAUGCCCUGGGCGAGUAUCCAGAGGAGUUGUACGAAGUGGUCGGCAAGGUUGCUAGGAGAGGCUACAGAUAUGGAGUACAACACUGGUCACUUGGCAUGACCAGUAUCAACGAGAUCGUGCUGGAGGAUAAGAGACUGGGUGAUUGGAUCAAGAAGGAAGUCACGGGCAGGAAGAGAAGAUCAGAUCAUGACGGCGGCCUGGAGCGAGACGACUUGAAGAAGCGCAAGCGCAGACAUUGA